UUUCAAGGGGACUGUGAGUUGCGCACAUGAUGACAUAGAUUGCCAAAGGCCUAACAUCACAGAAUACUGGAGGACCAGGUCAGGGAAAUGGACUGUUGACGUUUCCGGUCGAAACCCUUCAUCUGGACUGAAAUGUACAUUUUCUUUCAGAGAUGCCGACUGCCCCACUGAGUUCCUUGAGCACGUUGUACUGUAUAUGCCAGUCUCCGUGUCUACAUUAAACAAGACUGCCCACUCCUCACAUUUCCCUGCUGCUUAUACUCUCCUUCUUAAGACCUGUAAGACUUUGGAACAGCAAUAGACCCAUUGAGUGUGCUCUGCCAUUUCAUCAUGGCUGAUGCAUUCUCCCUCUCAACCCCAUUGUCUUGUCUUCUCCCUAUAACUUUUUAUGCUCUGACUAAUUAAGAACCUCCUCCUUAAAUGCACCCAAUGACCUAGUCUUUACAUCUGCCUUUGGCAAUGAAUUCCACAGAUUCACUGUCUGGAUAAAGAAAUUCAUCGUCAUCUGUGUUCUAAAUGCAAGUCCCUCUAUUCUGAGGCUCUCUCCUGUUGUCCUAGACUCCCCCAAUAUAGGAAACAUCUGCUCUGUCUAGGCCUUUCAACAUUUGUUAGGUUUCAAUAAGAUUCCCCCUCAUUCUUCUAAAUUCCAGCAAGUUCAAGUCCAGAGCCAUCAAUCGCUCAUCACAUGAUAAGCUGGAAUCAUUCUGUGAUCAUCUUCUGACACCCUCUCUAAUGUCAGCUCAACCUUUCUUAAGUAAGGGGCCCAAAACUGCUCACAAUACUCCAAGUGAAGCAUCACCUGAGUCUUAUAAAGCCUCAGUGUUACAUCCUUGUUUUUAUAUUCUAGUCCUCUCAAAAUGAAUGCUAACAUUGCAUUUGCCUUCCUCACCACCUACUCAACCUGCAUAAGAACUCCCGUCCCUUUGUACAUUGGAUUCUUAAAUUUUCUCCCCAUUUUAAAAAGUAACUUGUAUUCCUUCUACCAAAGUGCAUGAUGAUACACUUCCCAACACUAUGUGCCCUCUGCCACUUCUUGCCCGUUCUCCUAAUCUGUACAACUCCUGCAACUAUCUUCAUAUUGUCCACAAAGCCAUCAGUUCUGUUAACACAAAAAGCAAUGCCAAAUUCUGCAGCCAAUCAGAAAAGGCUUCCUUUAUUCCCACUUUCUGCCUCCUGCCAAUCAGUCAAUGCUCUAUCCAUGCCAGUAUCUUUCCUGUAAUAUCAUGAGCUCUUGUUGAUCAGAAUCAGGUUUAAUAUCACCGGCAUAUGUUGUGAAGGUUGUUAAUUUUGCGCAGCAGCACAAUGCAGUACAAGAUAAUAUAGAAAGUGAAUUACAGUAAAUAUGUGUGUGUAAAUGCUUGUGCGCGUGUGUGUACAUAUAUGUGUGCAUGUAUAUAAAUAGUUAAGUAAAGUUUAGUCGUGCAAAAACAGAAACCUAAAAGUAUUGAGGUAGCAUUCAUGGGUUCAAUGUCCAUUCACAAAUCAGAAGGCAGAGGGGAGGGGGGAAAAAUCUGUUCCUUAAUUGUUGAAUGUUUGCCUUCAGGUUUCUGUGCCUCCUCCCUGAUGGUUGUAAUGAGAAGAGGGCAUGUCUUGGGUAGCUGGGAUCCUUAAUGAUGGAUGCUGCCUUUUUGAUGCACCUUGAAGAUGUUUUCGAUACUGGUGCUUAUGAUGAAGCUGACUAAUUCUACAACUGUCUGCAGCUUACUUUGAUCCUGUUCAGUAGACACCACAACUCCCAAAACACCAAAUUGUGAUACAGUUAGUUAGAAGGCUCUCCAUGGUACAUCUGUAGAGAUUUGCGAAUGUUUUAGAUGACAUAUCAAUUCUGAAACUCCUAAUGAAAUAUUGCCACUGUCUUGCAUUCUUUAUGGCAGCAUCAAUAUGUUGGGAUCAGGUUAGGUCCUCAGAGAUAUUAACACCCGGAACUUGAAAUUGCUCACUCUCUGCUUUUGAUCCCUUUAUAAGUGUGAGGUUAUCCACUUUGGGAGUAAGAACAGGAAGGCAGAUUAUUAUCUGAACGGUGUAGAGUUAGGUAAGGGAGAAAUACAAAGAGAUCUAGGAGUCCUUGUCCAUCAGUCACUGAAGGUGAAUGAGCAAGUACAGCAGGCAGUGAAGAAGGCUAAUGGAAUGUUGGCCUUUAUUACAAAGGGAAUUGAGUACAAGAGCAAGGAAAUCCUUUUGCAUUUGUACAGGGUCCUGGUGAGACCACAUCUGGAGUAUUGUGUACAGUUUUGGUCUCCAGGGUUAAGGAAGGACAUCCUGGCUAUAGAGGAAGUGCAGUGUAGAUUCACAAGGUUAAUUCCUGGGAUGUCCGGACUGUCUUACGCAGAGAGGUUAGAGAGACUGGGCUUGUACACGCUGGAAUUAAGGAGAUUGAGAGGGGAUCUGAUUGCAACAUAUAAGAUUAUUAAGGGAUUGGACAAGAUAGAGGCAGGAAAUAUGUUCCAGAUGCUGGGAGAGUCCAGUACCAGGGGGCAUGGUUUGAGAAUAAGGGGUAGGUCAUUUAGGACAGAAUUAAGGAAAAACAUCUUCUCCCAGAGAGUUGUGGGGGUCUGGAAUGCACUGCCUCGGAAGGCAGUGGAGGCCAAUUCUCUGGAUGCUUUCAAGAAGGUGCUAGAUAGGUACUUAUGGAUAGGGGAAAUCAAGGGAUAUGGGGACAAGGCAGGAACCGGGUAUUGAAAGUAGAUGAUCAGCCAUGAUCUCAAAAUGGCAGUGCAGGCUCGAAGGGCUGAAUGGUCUACUUCUGCACCUAUUGUCUAUUGACUGGUAUGUGUUCCUUUGUCUUACCCUUUAUGAAGUCCACAAUCAUCUCUUUGUUCUUACAGAUGUUGAGUGCAAGUUUGCUGCACUCAACUAUAGAUGCCAUUUGAGCUAUGCCUAGCCACAUGGUCAUGGGUAUUGAGAGAAUAGAGCAGUGGGCUAAGCACACAGCCCUGAGCUGUUAAGCACCCUCAUGUGUGGCACCUUGUCAAAGGCCUUCUGAAAAUCCAAGCAUACAACAUCCACCGAUUCUCCUUUGUCCAUCCUGCUUGUUAUUUCCUCAAAGAAUUCUGACAGAUUUGUCAGGCAGGAUUUUCCCAAAAGGAAGGCAUGCUGACUUUCAUGACUCUGCUAAUGAUCUGAUCCCCUUUCUACUUCUUUAUAAUCUCCAUUUGUUACUUCUGAAUUCCAGCCUUUGCUGGCCAUUGACAUUCCACUUUCUACAGUUAUAGAAAUCUCUAUUCCAUGCACCCUCUUCAUAUCUGAGUAAUACCUACGUGGGUCAAAAGAAUGCUUCUCUGAUUCCUGAUCAUAUCUGUCUUUGACUCUUAAAAAUUUGUGGAUUUGACUUCACAACAUAGAAUUGUACAGCAUGAGCCUCCAGACCUUCUACAGGGGUGCCAUUGAGAGUAUCACCGCCUGGUAUGGGAACUGCACCAACCUUGACCACUGAGUACUGCAGAGUGGUAUGGAUAGCCCAACAUGUGAACUUCCCUCCAUCGAGGACAUUUAUAGCAGUGGGUGCAGAAAGAAGGCCUGGAAGAUCAUCGGGGACUCCAGACACCCCAAACAUAAACUGUUUCAGCUGCUUCUGUGUGGCAAACGGUACUGCAGUAUUAAAGCUAUGACCAACAGACUACGGGACAAGCCAUUACACUUUUAAAUUCACAUGUCAGCACAUUACAAUGGAGUCGUAAUGCAAAGAUUUUUACUCCCUCAUGUUGUGGGAUGGAUGUAAGGUUUAAAUAAAUUCAAAUUCAAAUACAGGAACCAGGCCCAUUUGAUGAGUAGAAUCUAUCUGAAGUUAAAGGGGAAAAUCUGUUUGAUUUAAAAAAAAAACCUUGAAGUACGGGACAAUAAACAAUUUACUAGAAAAACUUGAGCAGCAUCUGUGAGGGGACAGGAAUUGUUGAUGUUUCAGGACAAAAUCUUGCAUUGGGACCUGCAUUAUGAGUUUCAACUUAAAAUGUCAAGAAUACUUCUCCUAUCCAUUUUCCAGCAUCUUCAGUUUAUUUUGUCUCUUCUGAAAGCAUUGUUUGUUCAUCUCCCCAGAGUUUAUAGGGUGAUAUGAUCUCUCGUGUCCAGUGUCGUUUAUUUCAUACAGCAGUACCACUGCUGAAAAAGACUCCAGCUGAGCAGAGGUGGUUGUCAAGACAGCUGCAGGAUCCAUUUGUGAAAUCUGCUCAGCAACAAAACUAUCGCUGCCGGAGUGCAUUUAAGCUGCUGGAGAUUGAUGCCAAGCAUGGUAUCCUGCAGCCCGGGAUCAGUGUGCUCGACUGUGGUGCAGCACCAGGUGCCUGGAGUCAAGUUGCAGUUAACCAGGUUAACGCUACUGGUUCUGAUCUGAAGACUGCAGUAGGUUCAGUGGUGGGCGUUGAUCUUCUACACAUCCCUUUGCUGGAGGGUGCAGUAUUCCUGUCUCAUUGUGAUCUCCUGGAUCCUAAAGUUAAAGCCAGAAUACAGGAGACCCUACCAGGGGGAGAGGCUCAGGUUAUUCUCAGUGACGUGGCACCGAAUGCAAGUGGUAUCCGUGAGCUGGACCAGCAACAAUUUGUCAAACUGUUCCUUUGUAUCUUUGGCCUGGCUGAAAGGGUGCUGAGUCCUGGUGGUACUUUGCUUUGUAAAUUCUGGGAUGGAGCAAACACAUUCCUCCUCCAAAAGCAACUUGCCAAAUUGUUCGGAGAGGUGAAGAUUUUAAAACCAUCUGCAAGCAGAAAGGAGUCAUCAGAAAUCUACUUUUUAGCGAGAAGAUUCAGAAGUUGAUGUUACCAACUGAUAAUGCUCCAGGGAGUUUUGAUUGCAAUGUAACAAUUUGUAGGUUUUAUCACCUAUUUGUUAUUUCUCUACAUCUGUCCAGCACUCAUACCCAGGUGGAUGGCAAAUAUCCACUUCUUAAGCACAAUUGCCAGUAAUCUGUUCUGAGGUGCUGUGCAAAAAUCUACAAUGUUUUGUUUUUAUCAAGAAUAAAAAUUAAUAUUUAGUCAGUCAGUUGAAUAAAAUCUAAGUUAUUGAAAGGAAGAUGUUUGCACAAAUCUUCCUCAUCUCGUAACAAUGAAGUGUUUUUAGUAUUGGCUUAAUAUUGUCACAUGUACUGAGAUACAGUGGAAAAAUGAAGUAGUGUCACUGUUAUACAGUUGGCGAAUUCCAGUCAAUUUAAACAUAUUAACAUUCAUCAUUUCAAAGGGAAAGUAAUUAACAAUUUUGAAGCUCCCAUAUUAAGUAAAAAGACAAGCAUGAUGGAAAGCAGAAAAUAUGGUACAAAUUGUAUAGAAUUUAGUAAUUGUUGCCUAUCUGGUUGAGCUAUUGAUCAUAGAAUUUUUUUUAUUGAAUUCGGGGUUUUUCAGUAAUGCAAUCAGUGGAUGUGUGGUCUGCUUCAAGUGUUGGCCAAUAGUGAAGUAGUGGCCAAGAUGCUGGAGAGUAAAAUAAUAGCAAAACACUGACCUUCUAGGAUGGGCACUGUCAACGUUUCGGGCUGAGACCCUUCAUCAAGUCUCGGCCCGAAACUUCAACAGUGCUUCUUCCUAUAGAUGCUUCCUACCCUGCUGUCUUCCACCAGCGUUUUGUGUGUGUUGCUUGAAUUUCCAGCAUCUGCAGAUUUCCUCGUGUAUACUGGAUACCAAUUGUUUUUUCAGAAAGUGUUGCUUCCUUCAGAAUUUUUUUUGUUUAUGAUAGACUGCUUGAAACUGGAAACAAAUAUAAUUUCAGACUACUUGUAUCAUGUAGGAAUUUGGAGAAACAAGAAAUUAACUUAUAUUGAAUAUAAUGCAUUUAAUUUCAUAAUGGUGCUGAUGCUUUGCAAUAGCUCAACUAAGCUAAAAAUGUUUUGUUGAUGAUUUUCAUUUGUACUCGGUGUCUAAGGCUAUCCACUUGCUGUAAGUGUCCAACAAUAAUCAACCAGCAUUGGUAGAUUUCGGUUGCCCUGAUAUAAUUUCUCCAUGACCAUAAUGUCCUGGUGACAGCUUUCACCGUGCCUAUUGCUGACAGUGCCAAGAUUUGCAAGCAAGAAGUCUAAAUGGAAAUGCAGAAAAUGAACCUUCAGUGACAUGUUGCAUGGUUUUGUAUGCUUGAAGCAUGUUAUCAACCUGCUGCUCGUGAUUUGGUGCUCUGUAGUUACCAAUAAGAUUUUCAACAGCAUCCUUGAAUGCUUUCCAUGUGAUUUUCUGUCCCACUGGAUGUUCUUGGAAUUACCUGUCAUUGAUGACCCGUUUGAUUAUUGGACCAACAAAAAUGCCUUUGUUAAUCUUAAACACGAGAUGGUGGAAGUCCAAAGCAACAGAAACAGAACACUGGACGAGCUCAGCAGGUCAGGCAGCAUUUAUGGAAAAGGGUAGACAUCUCGGCCUGCUGAGGUGGUGGGGGGGGGGGGGGGGGUUGUGGGUGGGUGUGUGUGUGUGUGUGUGUGUGUGUGUGUGUGUGUUACUUAAUCUUGGCAUCCGUUAUUCUGACUUGAAUUAUGAAUUGAAAUAACAAAUAUAGGUGAUUUCAAAAAAAUAGUGUGAUAGGGAAAUUUCAUGCAACACACACAAAAUGCUGAAGGAACUCGGUAGUCCAGGCAGCAUUUAUGAAAAAGAGUACAGUCAAAGUUCAGUGUCCUGCCGAACUGUCUUGGCCCAAAAUGUCAACUAUACUCUUUUCCAUAGAUGCUACCUGGCUUGUUGAGUUCUUCCAGCAUUUUGUGUAUGUUGCUUGGAUUUCCAGCAUCUGCAGAUCUUCACUUGUUUGUGAUAGGGAAAUUUGAUGGUGAUUUUCAUGAUCAGCAGCCCAAAAUCCAUAAGAUACACCCAGAAGUAUUGAGAAGAAAAAAUCUUUGAACAGAGUAAUGCUCCAGGUAAUUUUGAUUGCAUUGUAACAGUUUGUAGGAUUUAUCACCCAUUUAUAAUUUUGCUAAAUCUGUCUAGCAUCAGAUUUCCGAAUGGACUAUGAAUCCUUGAACAAUAUCUUACUAUUUUUACUACUUUUUGCACAACUUUUUAAAAUUUAAAAUAGUUAUAUGUACAGUAUAUUCUUGUAAUGUAUAGUUUUUAUUGUGUAUUGCAAUGUACUGCUGUCACAAAGCAAUAAAUUUCACGACAUACAGUAUGCCAGUAAUAUUAAACCUGAUUCUGA